AUGGAUGCAAAUGAGAUGCGCCGCCGCCGGUCGCUCCCUCCUCCCUCGCCGCCGCCGGAGGGCGCGAGCGGGCAAAGCCCGCCCGUCGCAGGCGGCGGCGGGGCUCUCUCGUCUCCGCGCUCGAGGGGUACGGCGCGGGCCGGAUGCCUCAGCCCGGAUGCGGCGCUUGGCGCUGGGCGCAGCAGCUCGACGGCGCUCCGGCGGGGGCCGGCGACGGGGCGUGGUGGCGAUGCGACGGGCAGCGCGGAGGUGGUGCGGGCUGGAGGUCGGUGGUGGCGGCAGCUGCAUCCGGCGGCGCGCCCAGAUCCGCCUCCGGAGCCGCGGGUCGCGGGUGACCUGGGUCGCGGUCGGCCUCUCCUGCCAUGGCUCGUGGGCGGGGGGGCGGCGCGGCAGCUGGUGGAUGUGUGCGCCGCUGCCCGGUCGGGCCCUUGCGGCUGGUCGGCGUCGUACGACACGGGAGAUCCCUCCGGUGGUCAUCCAUGGACGUGGCGGCGAGCGCUCUGCUUCCUCUGCUACGGCCACGGGCCGCUGCCGUGGUCUCGCGCGGGGCCGGACCUAUGGCAGGGUUGCGAAACCGGUGGUUUCGGGGCGGGGAGCUGGUUGGAAGGACGGGAGCUCCGUUGCGGAGCUGCCCGUCGCCGGCCCAAGUGGUUGCCGGUCGUGGCCGUGGGCCAUUCCUCCCCCUCCCCCCUUCCCCAUCCUCAUGUGUUCUCGGUUCCGGCGUUGCUCGAGGCGGAGGUGGUUGGCCGGCGGUCUCGGAGGCAGUUUGGGUGCGGAUUUUCUCAAAGUCUCGGCCUUUGGUGAUCAUCAGGGUGGUCUGGAGGCAGAGCGGCGGCUCUGGCGGCGGGAGGCACGUUGGUCGUGGGCUGACCGCGCGGCUCGGGUGCGGGCGGGCAGCCACGGUCGCUUGGGCGGCAUGGCUGCGGGUGGUUGGCGGAGCGGGGUUGCGACGGAGAGGUUGGAGCACCGGGGUUCACCACUUGACCAGUCCCGGUACUGGCCGACGGAGGCGGCGUCCGCGGACGUCGUUCCCCUCCCUGCAGGCUUCGUCGUGGUGCUCCCACCUCCUACGCGUCACUCCGGGUGAAAACUUGAUCUUCUGGAUCAGACGAUGACGGCUUUCUAAGGUCAUAUCCUUCUUGAGGGCGUCGUCUUGGAGUCCCUGCUUUGGUCGUGUCCGGCUCAUCGCUCCUCGGUUGAUUGUUCAUCUUCAUGGUGGUUAUCGGCUUAUCAUUAGGGUGCUUAGUCGUCGUUGGGGUGAUGUGUUCGGUGCUCGGCACCUUUGUAUCUCGCCUUGGGUGCGUGCGUUGAGUGUGGUGGUGGAGUGCGUUUGUAUCUUACUCGCAUGUGUUGGCGAUGGUGCUUUAUCUAUAAAGCGGGGGGAAACCCUUUUUCUUAA